AUGCGUUACUCCAUCGCCGUCGCUGCUUUCGCCAGCCUUGCUGCCGCCGUUCCCCAAUACGGCGGCUACCCAGCUGCCCCUCCAGCUGCCUCUUCUUCGAGCCCGGCCGCACCCAACUACCCAGCCGGUACUCCCCCUGCUCCUGAGUACCCGGCCCACACCCCCGAGGUCCCGGCCGCCACUACCACCUGCACUGAGGAGAAGGGUACCCCCACCCCCAUGGUCCCUGUUGUAUCCAUGUCCUCUGGCAAGCCCACUCCUGAGGUUCCCGCCCACCCUGCCUCCACCAAGACCCCCGAGGUCCCCUCCUACCCUGCCUCCACCAAGACCCCCGAGGUCCCCUCCUACCCUGCCUCCACCAAGACCCCCCAGGUUCCUGGCUACCCUGCCUCUACCAAGACCCCCGAGGUUCCUGGCUACCCUGCCUCCACCAAGACCCCCGAGGUUCCUGCCCACCCGGAGACUACCAAGACCCCCGAGGUUCCUGCCCACCCGGAGACCACCAAGACUCCCCAGGUUCCUGAGGCCACCACCUCUUGCAUCAGCUCCACUACCAUCACCGUUACCGUCCCUUACCCCACCGCUACCCCCCAGGUUCCCGGUGGCAACAAGCCCACUCCUCCUGGCCCUGCUCCUUACCCCUCUAUCCCCGGCGGUGGUGCUCCCUACCCCUCUGUCCCUGCCGGCACUGGCGUUCCCCCCGCUGGCACUGGCGUUCCUCCUGCCGGCACCGGUGUCGCUACCAAGACUGGUGGCUACGUCAAGCCUUCCGCUCCUCCUGAGUUCCCCGGUGCUGCUUCUUCUCUCAACGCCGCUGGCUUCGCUGCCGGUAUCGGUGCUUUCGCUGCUUUCUUCUUGUAAAUGUCAUAUCUUUCAAUUGAGCCUAUCUACGGCUAGGCUAUGACUUUACACGAGCAUCUAGCAUAGAGGAUUUGCCUUCGCUUCCAGUUUGAUAUCCUUGGCGCUGGAAAGGGUAAUUGUAAUUAGUAGGGGAUGCUGUCGUUGCAAUCGAUCUUGAAAACAAAUCUUCGUCCCCCUGUGCAUGAUUCUCUUGAGUUAUUCGCUUCGUAGAGGUAGAUGUUCUUGAACAACUAUCUCCUUCUUACC